AUGGAAAAUAAGUGGAAUCCACCUGAGACUGAGUGGACUAAACUUAAUACAGACACUGCCUUCAAGGACUUUAAAGGUGGUUGGGCAGUGGCGGCUAGGAACGCAGAAGUUAAAUUUACAAGAUGUGGUACAAUGUCUCAUAAGGUGUUGAGUGUUAUCGAGGCUGAAACAAUAGCAGUUCUCCUAGCUGCUGAUUUUGCGGUGAUGUCUCAUCUGCAGAGGGUUAUUAUCGACUGUGAUGCUGAAAAAGUGGUGAAUAUGUUAACAAAAGGGGAUUAUCAUAUUCCUUGGAGAUUGCACCAAAUCAUCCUUCAAAUUCGAAAACACUUGAAGAAGGUGGCUGAAGUUAAGACAGUGUUUAUUAAAAAAAAUGGAAACAAUGUUGCCCAUGCUCUGGCUAAGUACGCCCUAACCCGUCACUCUAAUAUGUGGUGGUUCUCUCCCAAACCUCCUUGUUGUAUCCGCGUCUUGUUUGCAAGAGUAUAUGAUGCUUUGUAA